AUGUCAAAGUGCAGUGACUACAGGUUCGGUGACCAGUGUGACAUUGAGUGUAGAUGUAAGGACAGGCAGGAAGUGUGUGACAAGAGGACAGGUCAGUGUGACUCUGGAUGUGAAGACGGAUGGACAGGACUGGACUGUCAGACACAGUGUGAGGACUACUUCUAUGGGGAGCAAUGCAGCUCUAGAUGUGGCCAUUGUCGUGACAACGCCACCUGCAACAACACGUCAGGCGAGUGCCCGGAUGGAUGUGAACCAGGAUGGCAAGGGAUGACGUGUGACCAAGAGUGCAGUGACUACAGGUUCGGUGACCAGUGUGACAUUGAGUGUAGAUGUAAGGACAGGCAGGAAGUGUGUGACAAGAGGACAGGUCAGUGUGACUCUGGAUGUGAAGACGGAUGGACAGGACUGGACUGUCAGACACCAUGCCAGGACGGGACCUACGGCUUCAACUGUACAGGCAGAUGUGGGAGGUGUCAGGGUGGACAGCCAUGUGACAAAAUAGGAGGAGAGUGUCAAACAUGUGCCCCCGGAUUCAAGCCACCGUUUUGUCAAGAGUGUGAGGACUACUUCUAUGGGGAGCAAUGCAGCUCUAGAUGUGGCCAUUGUCGUGACAACGCCACCUGCAACAACACGUCAGGCGAGUGCCCGGAUGGAUGUGAACCAGGAUGGCAAGGGAUGACGUGUGACCAAGAGUGCAGUGACUACAGGUUCGGUGACCAGUGUGACAUUGAGUGUAGAUGUAAGGACAGGCAGGAAGUGUGUGACAAGAGGACAGGUCAGUGUGACUCUGGAUGUGAAGACGGAUGGACAGGACUGGACUGUCAGACACCGUGCCAGGACGGGACCUACGGCUUCAACUGUACAGGCAGAUGUGGGAGGUGUCAGGGUGGACAGCCAUGUGACAAAAUAGGAGGAGAGUGUCAAACAUGUGCCCCCGGAUUCAAGCCACCGUUUUGUCAAGAGUGUGAGGACUACUUCUAUGGGGAACAAUGCAGCUCUAGAUGUGGCCAUUGUCGUGACAACGCCACCUGCAACAACACGUCAGGCGAGUGCCCGGAUGGAUGUGAACCAGGAUGGCAAGGGAUGACGUGUGACCAAGAGUGCAGUGACUACAGGUUCGGUGACCAGUGUGACAUUGAGUGUAGAUGUAAGGACAGGCAGGAAGUGUGUGACAAGAGGACAGGUCAGUGUGACUCUGGAUGUGAAGACGGAUGGACAGGACUGGACUGUCAGACACCAUGCCAGGACGGGACCUACGGCUUCAACUGUACAGGCAGAUGUGGGAGGUGUCAGGGUGGACAGCCAUGUGACAAAAUAGGAGGAGAGUGUCAAACAUGUGCCCCCGGAUUCAAGCCACCGUUUUGUCAAGAGUGUGAGGACUACUUCUAUGGGGAGCAAUGCAGCUCUAGAUGUGGCCAUUGUCGUGACAACGCCACCUGCAACAACACGUCAGGCGAGUGCCCGGAUGGAUGUGAACCAGGAUGGCAAGGGAUGACGUGUGACCAAGAAGCUGUGUUUGCACUUGGUAUUUCUGCACCAACAGGCUAG